GACCCCUCCCCAGCCCCACUACAAAGCCAACGAGUGUCACCUGCUAUCCAGGAUGCCUGCUGCCAUGGGGCGGGGGCACAAGGUUUGUUGCCCCCCAGUUCCAAGCAGAACACUGCUGCUGAUCCAGCACAGCCAGCUUUGGGGUCAGCAGAGCCCCUGCAAACCAGUGGCUGUUUGCUGACUGUGAAUGGGAGGAUGCAGCGAGGCACCACCCAGUCAGUGCAACCCAAGCUCACGUGCAGCCGUCAGGUGUGGCUCCUACCCCAAAGCACAGAGGAAGCCCAGCACCAGCCUUGCGAUUUGGCCAAGCACCUCAUUAAGUGCCAGCACUAAUUAUAUCAAUAGCGUGACAGUGUUUCCAGGAGCCUGAGCAGGACACAGCUCUGUGCUUCCCCCACCCUGUGCCACCUGUCCCCAAGGCAGCAAGGGGCCGGUGCCAGCGGGAGGGCUCACUGCCCAGCUGCCCCUUUAUGGCCAAUCCCAGCAGUGUUCGCUUUCUUCCCAGGAAAAUGAGCCUCUAAUUGCAGCAUGGGGGGGUCCCGGGGGCUGCAUCAGCUGCCGGCUGUGCCAGCCCAGUGCCAGACUGCAUCCAGCGAUGGCCAGCAUGCAGGUCCCUGUUCUGCUGUCCCUUCAUCCUUGUCCUCUCUGCCCCAUACUCACCAGCCAUGUCUUGCAGGUGGCUCUUCGCAUCCGACCCAUGAGUGUGGCUGAACUGCAGAGGGGUGCCAGGCCCAUUGCCCACCGCCUGGAUGAGCAGGUUGUGGUGCUGCGAGACCCCAUGCAGAACUCUGAUAAUGUCUUGCAUGCCAGCCGCUCCCGGGAGAAAUCCUACGUCUUUGAUGCAGCGUUUGACUCCACAUCUACCCAGGAGACCGUGUACCGUGCCACCACCCGAGGCCUCAUCGCGAGCGUCAUCUCCGGCUGCAAUGCCACCAUCUUUGCCUAUGGCCCCACUGGCUGCGGGAAGACCUACACCAUGCUUGGCACCGACAGCGAGCCUGGCAUCUGUGCCCGCGCCCUGGGUGACCUCUUCCAUGCCAUCAAGGAGUGCAGCAGUGAUGCAGAGCAUGAGGUCUCCAUGUCCUACCUAGAGAUCUACAAUGAGGUGAUUUGGGACCUGCUGAGCCCCUCACCACACUCCCUGCAGCUGCGGGAGGAUUCCCGUGGCACUGUCCGAGUGGUCGGCAUCACCGAGCUGUCAGCCAGCAGCACUGAGGAGGUCCUACAGCUGCUGCUGAGGGGGAAUCAGCAGCGGACACAGGAGCCCACAGCUGCCAACCGCACGUCGUCACGCUCCCACGCCGUGCUGCAGGUCACUGUGCGGGGACGGGGACUGCGCCGCGGGCGGCUCCAACUGAUCGACCUGGCAGGCUCCGAGCGGGCGGCUUGGACACAGAACUGUGGGCAGAGGAUGAAGGAGGGAGCGCACAUCAACAGGUCACUGCUGGCCCUGGGCAACUGCAUCAAGGCGCUGAGCAAGCCGGCGGGCAGCGCGCACGUCAACUACCGUGACAGCAAGCUGACCCGCCUGCUGAAGGACUCACUCGGGGAUAACAGCCACACGGUGAUGAUCGCCCACAUCAGCCCUGCCAGCACUGCCUUUGAGGAGUCCCGCAGCACGCUCACCUACGCCCAGCGCGCCAAAAGCAUCCAUCCCACGGUGAAGCACAACCUGCUCAGCAACUCACCCCGUGGCAGAAUUGUGGCCAACCUGCGUGAGGACAUCCAGCACCUCAAGCACCAGCUGUACACCGCACCAGGGCCAGGCAAGCACCGUGCCAUCCGCUACACCCAGGCCCAGGUCCAGCUGCGGGACAAGCUGCUCAAUGCUUGCCGUGAGCAGGCAGCCCUGUGCCAGCACUUGGUUCAGCUGGAGGGCACAGCACUGCACACCCGGCUGGCAGCUGCCCGGCACCUCCGCAUAAUCACUCGCUGGAAGAGGAGAACAUGGCGCUGGGGCAAGGAGGGGCAAGGGAAGCCAGGGGGGCCCAGGGAGAGCAGGAGGAAAACGGACACGGAUGUGCCAGAACCACCCAACGUGAUCACAGCACGGGAGAGCUUCAUGGCACUGGUGGAGAAGCAGGGCAGACUCCAGGAGCAGAAGGCAGAGCUGGAGCGGCGCUUCCAACAGAGCCAGCAGCACACCCGGCGGCUGGAGGAGGCCGUGCAGCGCAGGAGCAGCUCUGUGCAGCAUCAGGAGGUGCUGGCCCUGCUGUGCCGCCUGCACCAGCUGCAGCUGCACAACGCAGAGCUGCGCUCCCACUCCCUGCUCCAGGGUGGCUCCCGGCACUUCCCAGCCGCUGCCGUGCAACCCUUCAGCCAGCACCGGGCGCCCCGCGCCGCAGAGGUGAGCACAGCACGCCCACAGUACCGGGGGCAGGCGAGCGGCUGUGCUGCGCUGACGGUGCCGCUGCGCCGCGGAGGAGACAUUGAGCAGCGCCAAAAGCAUCGUGGCCGUGGCCACUCCGUGUCAGUCCCGUGUGCCAAAUGCCCCCGAACCGAGGCGUGUUGCCAGCAGGGACAGCCUGGAGGGAACAGCCACCCUCCUGGGGGCCAUCCAGCCCGGCCCCUCCCCAGGCGCCUGACUGUGAGUGUGCAAAAAGCUGGAGGAGAGGGAAGAGCCUCUGGAUGCCAAAAGGAGAAAGAGGCAGCUGCAGCCCUUCGAGGUCGCCAAGCACGGGGUAGGUGGCAGCAGCACCCCACCCUGAUGAGAGCAUCAGGAGACUCAUUUCUGUCCAUCUCCCCAGCUCCAGGCAGGGUCAGCACCCAGCGCUCAGCUGCAUCGUGGCGAUUGGCCCAAGGACCUCCAGCAAGGACAGGUGGAACCCCCAGUGCUGAGCCGAGCUCCCUGCUGAAGCACAGCCAUCCUCGUGCCAAGCAGUGGGCUGAGCACCCGUCCUGCCCACCUCGACGCCCUACGUAGCCCGCAGUGCCAGCCCUGCUGGGGCCGGCUGACCAAAACUCCCCGUGGGACACACACAGCUGUGCUGGGCAGUGACUGUGCGGCUGCUCAGCACCUCCGUGGCUCAGCAGAGCGGCACAGGAGCUGAGGUUUAUCCUUUUGGAGCAUUAAAAGGAAGUGCAUGAAGACUAGGAGUGGUGUGACAGCUGAUGCGGCCCU